AUGCCGUACACACGUGCGGGUGGGGACACGGACGAGGGCACGGUGACUAGCGGAGAGGUGAUGACGGAAGGUGCCUCGGCCUUCUUCUUUGGCUUGACGGGUGUGAAGGCCCCUAGCGAGAUUGCGACGACGCCCAAGGAGGAGAAACGGGGGACCAUGCCCGGCGAGGCGAUCCCUGUGAAUGGCGGUAGUGGUGGCAGGAAAGGCAAUAACGCGGCCGGCACGCAGACACAGGAUGAGAUCAUGUGGAUAGAACUGGGGCUCUGUAAAGCACUUGUGCGGGCUGUCACACACGUAGGUUUUCUCUCCCCAACCCCUGUGCAGGUACAGGCCAUUCCUGCAGUUCUGGGCGGCAGUGAUGUGUGUGCACGGGCGGUGACGGGGUCGGGCAAAACGGCGGCGUUUCUCCUGCCGCUGCUGCACAUUCUUUUGACUCGUGCCCCACAGAAGCAGUUGCACUCAGGAGGAAAACGACGUUUCAUUCGAGCCAUUAUUUUGCUUCCGACGCGAGAAUUGGGCAUGCAGUGCCAACACAUGCUUCAGCAACUACAGGCCUCUACGACAGGGUUAACUGUGGCCCUGGCGAUUGGGGGCAUCGCGCAAAGUGCCCAGGAGGCAGCGGUGGAGUCGACUCCUGACAUUCUCAUCGCAACCCCUGGGCGAUUGGUGGAUUUGCUCCACAACUACAAGGGCGCACAUGGCUCCCUGGAUGUCUCCGGUGUGGAGUUGGUCGUGCUCGACGAAUGCGACAAGAUGCUCACCGUAACACUCAAGGACCAAGUGGUGGACAUCCUCAAGCGCGUCCCGGAGGAGACCCGACAAGUGUUAAUGUUCUCGGCAACCAUGACAAGCGAGGUGGACGAGUUCGCGAAGGAACACCUCUUCGAACCGAAAAAUGUGGACGUCGGGCAUGUUGCGCUCCAGUCGAAGCUGCGACAGCAGUUUGUACGCAUCCGUCUGCCCUCCUCUGCAGCGGCGGCAAAUCCGUUGCUGGGUCGUCCGGUCGAGGGGACGGAGGAAAUGGAGGGAAAGGAGGAAGAAACGGCGGGGUCGAAGAAGCGUAUUCGUUCGAAGCGCCUCCGGGACGCAUCAAGAGCCGGAGCCGCGUCGUCGCAUGACGCGGAGGACGCUUCGGAGCACACUACAAAGAUAAAAUCAAGGUAUUUGGUGGCCCUCUGUCUUGGAUAUUUCAGGGACAAGACGCUCGUCUUCACGCGCUACCGCACGACGGCGCAUCGCCUGCAUCUUCUUUUUACCGCCUUGGGCUUCGCCUGUGCGGAGCUGCAGGGCAACCAGCAACAGGAGGAGCGCUUCGCCUCACUGGAGCGGUUCGCGUCGGGUGAGGUGCAGUAUCUCUUUUCGACGGAUGUGGCGUCGCGUGGACUUGAUAUUAAGGGCGUCUCCACCGUCGUGAACUUUGACCUGCCCCCGACACUCACGGCGUACAUUCACCGCGUUGGUCGGACCGCCCGCAUCGGGGGAAGCGGGACGGCGGUGUCGCUCGUGGAUGAGGCAAGGGACGCGGAGAUUAUGCGCAAGAUACUUGCGGUGAGCGGGGUCGUGAAUAGCCAUCAGGCGUCCUCCGUGAAGCGCCGCGAUGUGCCGGCGGCGUUGCUAGCAGAGGCGGCUGCAAAAGUAGACGCCGUGUUUCCGCAGGUGCGGGGGCAGCUGGCGGCCGAGGCGUUGGAAGCGAAGAUUGCGCAGGCGGAGCGGCGCUAUAGCCGGUCCGCAGCGGAGAUGCUGGCCGACAGCGCGACGGCGCAGCCCAAGAAGACGUGGUGCCUUAGCCGUGCGGAGCGAAAGCGGCGCGAGGAGGAGGCGCGGCGGCUCUACGAGAAGGAGGCGGAGGUGACAGUCCAGAACUUCCAGAACGAGCUGAGCGGCUGGGACCGCGAGGAGAAGGCGUUCCUGCGCAAGCAGAAGCUGGCGCGCCGGCAGGAGCGCGACGUGAAGGCGCGCGCCAGGGAAAAGGCGAAGGCCGCCCAUCGCGACCUGCGACGCAAGUCCGAGAAGAAACUGCAGGCUGGCGUAAUCAAGAAGAUGAAGAAGAAAAAGAUCCGUGACGCGCGCAAGGAAAGGCGGGCGGAGAGCCGCGAGAAGAACGGCAAGCCCGCCUACAAGCACCACGACGGGGUGAAGAGCAAAAAGAAGUCCCGCCACGGGAAGCGCAUGGCGCGUCAUUGA